GCGUCUGCCCAGCAGGCUUUCCGAUUCUCCACUCACCGUCCCCCUCCUCACCUGUGCACACUCACCCGGCAUCCUCAGCCUGAUGGAGACCGUCAUCCCGUUUUUUGAGGACCGCCCCCCCCCACACUUCUUUUUAUGAGACAUCUCAUUUUGUAGCCCAGGCUGGCCUUGAACUCAAUGCUGACCAUCUUUCUGUGGUAGAAUCUCCAUGGCCUGAACAUUUCUUGACAAUAAUUUUGAGCAAAAUACAUGUUUAAAAAGAAGAUAACCACAUCAAGAUGGUGGGAAAGCUGAAGCAGAACUUACUUUUGGCGUGUCUGGUGAUUAGUUCUGUGACAGUGUUUUACCUGGGCCAGCAUGCCAUGGAGUGCCAUCACCGGAUAGAGGAACGUAGCCAGCCAGCUAGACUGGAGAACCCCAAGACAACUGUGCGAACUGGCCUGGACAUCAAAGCCAACAAAACAUUCACCUAUCACAAAGAUAUGCCUUUAAUAUUUAUCGGAGGUGUGCCUCGAAGUGGAACCACGCUCAUGCGGGCUAUGCUGGAUGCCCAUCCUGACAUCCGCUGUGGAGAGGAAACCAGGGUCAUCCCUCGGAUCCUUGCCCUGAAGCAGAUGUGGUCCCGGUCCAGUAAAGAGAAGAUCCGCCUGGAUGAGGCUGGUGUCACUGAUGAUGUGCUGGAUUCUGCCAUGCAAGCCUUCCUUCUGGAGGUCAUUGUUAAGCAUGGGGAGCCAGCACCUUAUUUAUGUAACAAAGAUCCUUUUGCCCUGAAAUCCUUGACUUACCUUUCUAGGUUAUUUCCCAAUGCCAAAUUUCUCCUGAUGGUCCGAGAUGGCCGGGCAUCAGUACAUUCAAUGAUUUCUCGAAAAGUUACCAUAGCUGGAUUUGACCUGAACAGCUACAGGGACUGUUUGACCAAGUGGAAUCGGGCCAUAGAAACCAUGUACAACCAGUGUAUGGAGGUUGGUUAUAAAAAAUGCAUGUUGGUUCACUAUGAACAGCUUGUCUUACACCCUGAACGGUGGAUGAGAACGCUCUUAAAGUUCCUCCAUAUUCCAUGGAACCAUUCAGUUUUGCACCAUGAAGAAAUGAUCGGGAAAGCUGGGGGAGUGUCUCUGUCAAAAGUGGAAAGGUCAACAGACCAAGUCAUCAAGCCUGUCAAUGUCGGGGCACUGUCAAAGUGGGUUGGGAAGAUACCCCCAGAUGUUCUACAAGACAUGGCAGUGAUUGCACCCAUGCUUGCCAAACUUGGAUAUGAUCCAUAUGCCAAUCCCCCUAAUUACGGAAAACCUGACCCCAAGAUCCUUGAAAACACCAGAAGG